AUGUUCCUGAACCGUAUCCUUGUCUCUCUCGCCGCUGCCCAGUGUGGCCAUUGUUGGAAGUAUGCAACUGAAAACGAAUUCCGCACAUCUCUUGGGCAAGACGUACCGGCACUCAUUGCUUUUGUCAAUGUGAGCACCUCUCAACCCCAUGACUCCAUCCUUCUUACUGAACAACGUUCGAAUCCCAGUCUAGCAAGCAUAGGAUUCGAGCCUGAAUGGGACAGCAUUCGAGAAAAACACCUCAACACCAUCUCGGUAAACUGUAUCCGGAACCGCAAGCUCUGUGACGAGACAGAAAUAUCUUCUUUCCCAACAAUUCGUCUUUAUGGCACAAACGGCACAAUGCAGAGAUACCGUGGGCCCCGAAGAGCAAAAGACAUCAUGGCGUUCGUGCAACGAAUGAAGCGGCCAACGAUAUCCGAACUCAAAGACGAGGCUGUAGAGAGCUUUCACAAAGGGGAUGGCAUCGUAUUCGUGGCUCGCUUAGCGCCUUAUGAUGAGAGUCUGCGCGUGCGAUUUGAUAAUCUGGCCACGCAUUACCGCGAUCGUUACUCAUUCGGACUCGCCCAUACUUCGGUACCGGAUUCCAGCGUCAGCUGUUACAACAACAUCGACAGCCUCCAGUUCAACGCAAAUGAUCUUUCCUCAGUUGAUGCAUUGCAAACACUUGUUCACAGAUGCAAAACACCACUUGUGGCCCUCUUGACGCGGAGGAAUGAGAUAGACUACUUGAGUGGUGGCAAGUCUUUAGUCUACUUCUUCACCUCUGACGACGUGCGGCGGGACGAAUACGUGACUGAGAUCAGGCCACUCGCAAAAAGGUUCUCCGAGUACCUGACCUUUGUCACUGUGGAUUCUUCUGAAUACGCGGACAUGCUUUUGGGCCUUGGGCUUGCGAAAGAUGCAUCUGAAGGCCUGGCGCUUCAGAAUCCACAAACUGGACACGCCUUCCCGCACAACGGAAGAAUCAAUGCGGAGACGGUGGAGCAGUUCAUUGUCGAUAUAUCGGAAGGCAACGUCCAGCCUUGGAAUGGUCAAAUGCCGGUGGUGUCUCAAGAGGAAGAGAAUACAAGCCAUGAUGAGUUGUAG